UCUUUUGCGGAAACUUUGAGUAUGAUGCACGCGAGAGUGACCUGGAACGACUUUUCAGAAAAUAUGGCAAAGUUGAAAGAGUGGAUAUGAAAGCUGGUAAGUCUUGCUCAUUGCUCUGCCAUCCUUGUUCUUUUCCUGUCUAGUUUAAGCAAGCAGUCUUGUGAUCCAUGACGAUGUGAAGAAUGAGCGCAAGCCAAAUGCAUGUUACGAGAUUCACUUUCCUGCUCCUUCCACAAGAAGGCUUUGAAGGCCCUUUCCUUCGGGAGUAUGUUCUUUGCAUCUCAUCUAAGCAUGGAGGAACUGGUCAAGCAAUUCGCUCUUUGAUCCCUAACGUCAUCUGUCUGGACAUGCGAAGCAGCCUACUGGAAGUUCAGAAAAUGCUUCAGAAGCGAAAGAUCGCGUAUUUUUUAGCGUUAAACCCCCCAUACUCAACAUUUUCUUUGGCGCAGGAUAUUUCUUGGGAUGUCCUUACUCCCACCCGGCCAUGGAUGGACCGUAUGGAAAUCUAUUUCCUGCCAAUGACGAGCUUCUUGUCCUUGGUCCCAAAAAGAGUCACUCAUCUGCAAUGGCACUACCAUCCCAUUUUCACGACCUUAUUGCAUUUCAUUCCUCAUGAACUUUGCACUCUUGGCCAUGUCACUCGGUAAAAACGUACACCUCACCGUGAGACAGCAGAUUAAAUGUGGCGAAAGCACUCUAUUUCCAUUGACAUUCCGUGAGACCUCCACAUUUUCAGUUGUUGUUGCUUGACAUAUUAAUUCCGUGAUGCAAGGUCUGUAACCGCUUCACUGGUCACUUAGUUUGUGGAGUUUCUAGGUUUUAAGAAGGUUUCAAAAUUAUCCGAGUAGGUAAUGUCAAUGAGGUCAUCUGAUGCUCUGUUGGAGGAGAGAGGACAAUCUUCGUGUUGGGAACUCCUUUUACAUCCGUUUACUUUGUCGUUUGUAUAUUCAUAUAUGUUUCCUUUGCUCUGCUCAGGGUUUGCUUUCGUCUAUAUGGAAGAUGAAAGGGAUGCUGAAGAUGCAAUCCGAGCACUUGACCGUGUUGAAUUUGGUCGUAAGGGACGUAGACUUCGUGUUGAGUGGACAAAGAAUGAACGGGGUGGUCCUAGACAAUCUGGCGGUUCAAGAAGAUCUUCAUCAGGCAUGAGGCCUUCAAAGACCCUGUUUGUGAUCAACUUUGAUGUUGAAAGCACUAGGACCCGUGAUUUGGAGAGGCACUUUGAGCCAUAUGGUAAAAUUGCUAAUCUCAGAAUCAGAAGGAAUUUUGCAUUUGUACAAUAUGAAUCGCAAGAGGAUGCCACCAGGGCCCUGGAAUCUACAAAUAUGAGUAAGAUGAUGGAUAGGGUGAUCUCAGUGGAGUAUGCGGUGAAGGAUGAUGAUGUCAGAGGGAAUGGACACAGCCCAGAAAGGCGUCGUGAUAGGUCACCUGACAGGAAAAGGCGAUCCCCUAGUCCUUACAGAAGAGAAAGAGGCAGCCCCGACUAUGGCAGGGGCUCUAGUCCUGGUGGUGCUUACAGGAAGGAAAGAGGCAGCCCUGAUUAUGGCCGUGGUCGCAGGCCUAGCCCUGAUUAUGGACGCAAGGAGAAGGACGACCGCCAUAGAGGAAGUGAAAGCCCUCGCAGGAGGGAAAGGGAACGUAGCCCUCACAGCCGCAGUCCAUACAAGAGGGAGAAGGUCAGCCCCAAGAAUGGUGAUGCCAGGGACCACAGCCCAUAUGGAAGAGAGAGGGACAGCAGUCCUAGGCACGGACACCGUAAUAAUAGCAGGAGCCCGUUUCGGAGGGAGAGGUCUAGUCCCGAGAACGGUCAGGUCGUGAGCCCUGGCUCAGCCCGUGGACACAAGGAUAGUCGGGACUAUGAUGGUGCGGAAAGCCCCAACCGUGAGAGGUACAACAGGUCCGUGUAAUUCGAAACCCCCCUCGUGU